GUAACAUUAAAUAAUGGUUGUUUUAAACGUGAAUGAUUAUAUAUGGCUUACAAAUUCAGAAGAUGUUGAUUUAUCAGUUCCAAUUGGUGGUAUUGUUCGAAGGAUAGAACAGAAUCAUUAUAUUGUUGAAGAUGAUGACGGUCGAAUUCUCAAAGUUUCAACAGACAACAAUAUGAAACUAAUGCAUCCGUCCUCUGUCAAAGGUGUCGACGAUAUGAUUGACUUGGGUGAACUUAAUGAGGGUGGAAUUCUUCGGAAUCUUUGUAUGCGUUAUAGUCAAAAUCAAAUUUAUACCUAUACAGGAUCAAUACUAGUGGCGCUAAAUCCCUAUCAGAUUCUGCCUAUUUAUAAUGCUGAUUAUAUCAAAAUGUAUCGAAAACGAAAAAUUGGUGAACUUCCACCUCAUCUAUUUGCUAUAGGUGAUAAUGCAUACAGUAAUAUGAGAAGAUAUGCUAUGGAUCAAUGUAUAAUAAUCAGCGGUGAAAGUGGAGCUGGUAAAACGGAAAGUACUAAAUUACUUUCACAGUUUUUAGCUGCUGUCAGUGGUCAACAUUCUUGGACAGAACAGCAGAUACUCGAUUCAAACCCUAUAAUGGAAGCUUUUGGAAAUGCUAAAACUGUUCGGAAUGAUAAUUCAUCUCGAUUUGGAAAAUAUAUUGAAAUUCAUUUUAGUCGUGAACGUGGCAAUAUAGUCAGUGCAAAAAUUGAUCAAUACUUAUUAGAGAAAUCACGGAUUGUUACACAAACAAAAUAUGAACGUAAUUAUCAUGCAUUUUAUUAUAUGUUAGCUGGAAUGUCAUCUGAGAUGAAAAAUCUAUUAGGAUUAACUAAAGCAGAAGAUUACGAUUAUCUUAUACAGGGUGGAAUAACAGAAUUGGACGGUAGACACGAUUCAGCUGGUUAUACAAGCGUCAAUUCUGCCCUGAAAGUUUUGACAUUCACUAGUGAAGAUAUCGACAAUAUCUGGAAAAUAUUAGCCGCUCUUUUACACUUGGGAAACGUUUACUUUGUUGACAGUCAAGUGAAUGGAGUUGAUGCCAGUGAAGUUUCUUCAAAAAGUCACUCAGAAUUGGAAUGGGUUUCACGUUUACUUCAGGUGUCUCCUGAAAGUUUGGCAACGUCCAUAACAGUGAGAAUGCUGCACACUGGUGGCGAAUGUGUAACUGCACCAUUAUCCAGAAGUAAUGCAGUCGGUGUUCGUGAUGCUCUCGUAAAAACGGUAUACAAUGAACUGUUUACUUGGAUAGUCAAUAAAAUCAAUACAGUUGUGUAUAAUCCUCCACCAAGAAAAAUAUUCAGUUCUAACUCACAUGUAAACAAUAUUCCGAAUCUAAAUUCUGGUGAUACACCUGUUAAAAAUGCUCAAAGUCAAAUAACAUAUCCAGGAAUGGAAGCAGAUCUAAAUAACGUCAGUAAUUCAAUUAGUUCCGAACACCGAAUAAGUAUAGUUGGACCUGGUCGUAAUACAAUCGGAAUUUUAGAUAUAUUUGGAUUUGAAAAUUUUGCAACAAAUAGUUUUGAACAAUUUUGUAUUAAUUAUGCAAAUGAAAAUUUUCAACAAUUUUUUGUUCGACAUAUAUUUAAACUUGAACAAGAAGAAUACUUAUCUGAAUGUAUCAAUUGGAAUCAUAUAGAUUAUGUAGAUAAUCAAGAUGUAUUAAAUUUAAUUGCUAUACAACCAAUGAAUAUAUUAGCAUUAUUAGAUGAAGAGAGUAGAUUUCCACAAGGUACAGAUAAUAGCUUUUUACAUAAAAUUAACUCAAGACAUUCAUCCAAUCCAUAUUAUGUACGAACAACAUCUGAAACAGAUAAGCGUUUCGGUAUUCAACACUUUACUGGUGUUGUUUAUUAUUAUGUCGACGGAUUUCUUGACAAAAACCGUGAUACUUUCAGUUCAAAUUUAGUUAAUUUAAUACUGCAGUCUGAAAAUGAAUUUCUUCGUUCAUUGUUUACUAAUUCAGGCCUAUUGACAUCAGAACCCCGUAAACGUUUAUCAACUCUUAGCAUUCAAUUUAAAAAAUCAUUAGACAAUCUAAUGCGUACACUAAAUAAUUGUCAGCCAUUUUUUGUACGUUGUAUCAAACCGAAUGAUGUUAAACAACCAAAUUUAUUUGACAGAGAACUUUGUCUUAAACAGUUACGUUAUUCUGGUAUGAUGGAAACAAUACGUAUACGUCGUGCCGGUUAUCCUAUUCGACAUAAAUUUACUGAAUUCAUUGAUCGAUAUCAUCCAAUCAUUAUAAAUUAUAUGAAAAAUAAUAAAGAAGGUAAAGAAAUGAGUAGAAUAGUUCAAGAAGUAUGUGCCAGUGUUUUAGUAAAUAAAGAUUAUUGUUUAGGUCGGUCAAAAAUAUACCUGAAGUAUGUACACGAUGCACAACUAGAAUAUGAACGUGAUCGUAUUCUGAAUCAGUCUGCUACAAAACUUCAAGCUAAUUGGCGUACAUUUAUUGCACAUCGUAAAUAUACUAUGACAAAAAUGGCAAUUAUUCAUCUUCAGGCUAUUGUGCGAGGUUGGAUAGCAAGAAAAUCAUAUAAAAAAGUUCGAUGCGCAGUUAUCAAAAUUCAAACAGCAUAUUAUCAUUAUUAUAAAUGUAAAAGAAAAAUAUCUGAAAGCGUGAUAAUACAAUUACAAGCUUUAUCGAGAGGUUAUUUAGUUCGAUGUAAAAUGGACUGUCUUCAUAAUGCAGCUAUGCGCAUUCAGAAAGCUUACAGGACUCAUUUAUUAAAAAGAAAGAUUAAAGAAAUAAAAUACCUGACAGAUGAAUUACUUAUUACUAUACUACAAGAUUCAACUGAUAUAACACAAGAUAAAUUAAUGAUAAUUGAUGAAAAAAGUCAUUGUGAAACACCUGAUCAAUUAUUCACCACCGUAAAUACCUCUGAUAUAGUAUUAAAUGGAAAUAUAACUAAAUGUAUUGAUAUACCGGAAGUAUAUGAUGAAUCAAAGUCAAUUAAAUGUGAUAAAUUGAAUUGUUCCUCUAAUGACUAUGCAAUUUCACAUGUUGAAGUAUCUAGUGAUGAUAGUGAAAAAGGCGACUCAAAGUUUAUCCGAUUUGCUACAACUUAUUUUCAAGCAGGUGCUACACCAUACUUUACAAACGAGCUAUUAACAAAACCAUUAUUAUUUCACAAUGAUGAAGAAGACAAUAAGAUUGCGUUAGCUAUAUGGUCGGAAAUUUUACAUUUCAUGAAAAUUUUACCAGAAACCUCAAAGUCUGAUAAAACAAAGGAGAAUUGUACACUUAAUGUUAUUCAUUCUACUGUGAAUCAUCCACACUUAAGAAAUGGAGCUUAUUCACCUUUAAAACGGAAGAAAUCUUCUGAAAAAUAUCGUAGGGCAAAAAGUUCAAUGGAAAAAUGUAUAACAAAUAAACGGACUCUUAUGAAUACAAAGUGUAAAAAUUUGAAAUAUACACCAGCACUUCAAACAAAUUCAAUUCAUUUACGAAUGUUGGACAAUACACUGAAUUCUAAUCAAAACGAGAAAACAGGGAAUGAAAUGAGCUCAUUGAAAUGUACUCAUAGUGCAGAAAAUAUGCCUUCUCAUACAAACAAAAAUUUAUCUUUUGAAACUAGUUAUCGCAGAAUACAUUUUAUCUUUUUACAAGGAAUUAUGCGAUCAUCAUUACAAGAUGAAAUCUAUUGUCAAAUAUGUAAAUUAAUUAACGGGAAUCCUAAUAUGCAAAGUCAAGGACUCGGCUGGUUCCUGCUUGCAUUAUGCACUGGAUGUUUUCCACCAUCAGAAAAAUUAAGAAAUUCAAUUUUUCAGUUUAUUGAUUCCGGUUCAAGUCAUUUUGUUAAAUUAUGUAAGGACAGACUUCAAAGAACAUUACGGAAUGGAAUUCGUAAUGAACCUCCAAGUUUAACAGAGUUAUGUACAAUAAAGAAUAAUACAGAUUUUAAAUUAUAUGUUACCACUAUGGAUGGGUGUAUACAUCAAGUAGUGGUUGAUUCAGCAACUAAAGUUUCAGAAGUCUGCCAGCUGAUCUCAAAUAAAAUAAAUCUUAAAGAUUCAUUUGGAUUUUCACUUUUUAUUCAAUUAUUCGAUGAGUUAUUUACACUUGGUGAUGGUGAAGAAUAUAUAAUGGAUACAAUUAGUCGAUAUGAAUAUAAUGCUAUACAACAGGGAACACUUGAUUUACCUGAAAAAUGGACAUUAUAUUUUCGUAAAGAAAUUUUCUAUCCAUGGCAUGAUUCUUCCAUUGAUAUGAUUUCUACUAGAUUAAUUUAUCAUCAAGUUAUUCAUGGUGUACAAUACGGUGUAUAUCAGUGUUAUGAUGAUAAUUUACGUGCUAAGUUGUUGGCAUGUGAGUGGAUAAUUAGUGAACUGACUAAUAAUAUACGCAAUGAAGAUAAUUUAUUUGUUCUACAAAGCGAAAACUUAACAAACUGGUUAGAAAAACGUCAGUUACCACAAAUAUCUAAGUGGAGUACAUUAAUAAAUCAAGUAAUACAAAAAGAUGAAUUUCCAAAAACUCCGACGAAUCCUGAUGCUAUCAGACAAGAAGUUGUCAAUUUAGCAAAAGCCAAUUGGCCUUUGUCAUUUUCAAAAUUUUAUGAAGCUCAUGAAUUUAAAGGUCCAGAUUUAUUUGCAGAAUAUGUUGUAAUAGCAAUAAAUGACAAUGGCUUGUAUAUAGUCCAUGAAGAAGAUCAAAUAUUACGAAUAUUUCUAUAUGCUGAAAUUUAUAACAUUUUAAAUACUAGCUCGAAGUCAUCAAAUAUGAGUGUGUUAACAUUGACUACAGUGAAAGGAGUUGAAUACACAUUUUUAUCUAAAUAUUCUGAUAAUAUCCAAAGUUUAACAAUGAAAUUCCUUAGUGGUUUAAAACAACGUUCAAUGUAUGCUAUUGCUAUUGAACAUUCACAAGAACAAUGCGAAUCUAAUAAACUGUUGCCAAUGCAAGCUGGUGAUUUAAUUAUAAUUCAUAAAUAUAAUAAAGAAAAUGAAAAAGAAGAUAUUCUUACCAAUACAGAUGUUCCAUUACAUUGUGAACGUAAAACUGAUUCACCAUUUCUUCAUGAACAAUUCAUACAAAUUGGUGACAAAAAUGGUUGGUGUUAUGGAAAGAAUAAAACAAAUGGAAAGGAAGGUUUAUUUCUUGCAAAACAAGUUUACAUACUACCAUGUUUAUCUUGUCCAACAAAUGAAAUAAUGACAUUAUUUAAUUUAAACAAUGAUAACUCUAAUAACCAUGCAUUGAAUUCUGUACCAUCACAAAAUAUGCGCAUUAAACCUAUGACUUCCACUGAAUCAUAUUUUAGUCUGCCGUCACUAUUUCGAAAUUCCAUAGAAUUGGAUAUGUCUUGUCUGUUGGAUGACACCACCUCCAGUAGGACACAUCUACAUACACUUGAAGAAUAUGCGUCACGUCAUUUUCAGAAAAUUACAUCUACCAACAUUAUUUGGAAGUAUACAAAUGAACCAAUCAGUAUGCCAUUAUUACAAGAGAUACAAAGUGAUACGGAAGUAUGUCAAAUGGCAGUGAAAUCAUUUGAUGCAAUUAUGCAAUACAUGGAUGGUGGUGUGCCAACUGUUAAAAAAUCGCUUCAAUUAACUGAUUUUAUUUUUCAAUCAUUUCUUCACUCACCAAUUUUGUGCGAUGAAAUUUACUGUCAAUUAGUGAAGCAAAUGACACAUAAUAACAAUUAUUUGAGUAUUAGACGAGGUUGGCAACUUUUAUGGUUAGCAACAGGACUCGCAACGCCUAGUAGUGAAUUAAUGAAAGAAUUGAAAGCAUUUUUACGUUCUAGUCAAGAUAAUUUUGGAAAACGAUGUCUUCUGCGUUUACAAAGGACAUUGAGUCAAGGGCGACGGCAAUAUCCACCGUAUGAAAGUGAAGUUAUCGCCAUCCAGUCUGAUACAGAAGAAAUGCCACAGAAAAUAUGUUUUCCUGAUGGGUCACAUUUAACAAGGUAUGUGGAUUCAAGUACUAAAGUAGAAGAUUUAUUGAAAGAAAUCACUAAAACUUUGGAAAUAAAAACACCAACUGCUUAUUCAAUUACAGUAUCUAUUAAGGAUCAACUACACACUAUGCCAGAUCAACUUUUCUUUUUCGAUUUUAUUCGCGUUCUUACAGAUUCUGUAAAAGAACAAAAUGUUCCCACAGAAGCGGUUCAUCAUAAAUCGGUGUAUAAGUUAUCUUUUAUUAAGAACUUAUGGAUAGACAUUGUCCCAGGUGAAGAUUUAAAAAUAGAUAAGAAGUUUCAUUAUCCCCAGGAAUUACCAAAGUAUAUUUGUGGUUACUACAAUACGUCAGUUGAAAAAUCUGUGGAAUACGGAGCACUAAUCGUAAUUGCCAAAGGAUAUAAAUUACUUGACGACACACUAUCACUGGACUGUAUAAUACCACAAACAGUUAGACAGCAACUUUCAGAUGGUGAAUGGAGAAUGAGGAUAAAUAAUGCGAUGAAAAGAUUCAUUAAACUAAACAAAGUCAAUGCUCGUACAAAUUUUCUUCAAUCUUUAAAAGAGUAUCCAACUUUUGGUUCUUCAUUUUUUGAAGUCAAGCAAACAACAAUGCAAAACUUUCCUGAACAUAUUAUUUUGGCUAUAAAUCAAAGAGGUCUUUUAAUUAUCAAUGCAACAAAUAAGGAAUCACUGGCACAUUAUCCGUUAAAUGAAAUUGUUAACUGGUCAUUUGGUGAAGAGUCUGUUGGUUUAAAUUUAGGAAAUCCUGAUGAUUUUACCGAAUUGAAGUGUGAAACUAUUGUGGGAUAUAAAAUUGAUGAACUACUACAUAAAUAUAAAAAACAAUUGUUUUCAGCUUCUAAGGAUAAACAGUGUUAAAUGUGUAUAUAUAUAUA